CCUCUCAGCCCAGCUCAAAGAGAGAUUCAAGGGACAGCAAACUAGGUUCCCCAAGGCAAGAUGACAAUUUGGAUUGGUUCUUGCUUCAUAUUCCUGGUUGCUCUGUCUGUGGAGAGAGGAUUGUCCACACAGGAGGAGACAGAAACCAACUGCUGUGUACAGCUGAAGGACUUAGCACAAUGCAGAGGUGGGACGACUGUUCUCCAGGGCCAGGCAGGGAUACCUGGAAUUCCAGGGGUGCCAGGAACAAAUGGACUUCCUGGGGCCACGGGUGACCCAGGACCUCAGGGCCCCCCAGGUGGAAAGGGCUCUGAUGGGAUACCUGGAAAAGCUGGACCAAAGGGAGAGAAAGGGGAUACAGGGGAACCCUGCCGCUCGGAAGGCUGUCAGCAGGAAGAGGCAAGAGCCAGACACUGCAAGGAGCUCCAGGGACUUGGAGAGACCCUGACUGGCUGGUACACGAUCUACCCAACCCCAGGGAAAGCAAUGGUGGUUUUUUGUGACAUGGAGACAGAUGGAGGAGGCUGGUUGGUCUUCCAGAGGCGACAGGAUGGAUCAGUUGAUUUCUACCGUGACUGGGAAUCAUACAAGAAAGGAUUUGGGAGGCAAAGAUCAGAAUUCUGGCUGGGCAAUGAUAAGAUCCAUCUUCUCACCAGCUCUGGAACACAGCAGCUGCGGAUAGAUGUGGAAGAUUUCAAUAGUUCCACAACCUUUGCGAUGUAUUCCAGUUUCAGAAUCGCAAAUGAAAGUGAAAACUACAGGCUAACGGUGGGCUCCUAUUUGGAUGGCAACAUGGGUGACUCUUUCUCAGGACAUAAUGGCCUGGCAUUCUCUACAAAAGACAAAGACAACGAUACCUAUGAACCCAAGAGCUGUGCCACAAUUUAUCAUGGAGCCUGGUGGUACGGUGCCUGCCACUCUUCCAACCUGAAUGGCCUGUAUCACAAAGGGGAACAUACCUCUUAUGCUGAUGGCAUCAACUGGGCUGCUGGGAGGGGGCACCAUUAUUCUUACAAGUAUGUGGACAUGAAAAUUAGACCUCAAUAGGUGAAAUAUCAGUAUAUUUGGAAUUGUUUAACUCUG